AUGUUCCUAAAGCUCCUCACUUCCGCUCUCCUCUUCUCUACCUUCAGCAAUGCACUAGAUCCAGUUGGCCUAGGCACGGCUGCGGCCUACCUAGUCCUUGGUGGCCAAGCAGUGACAAACACAGGCCCAACGAUUAUUGACAGUGGUGGCAAUCUUGGAGUCUCUCCGGGAACGUCUGUCACUAACUUCCCUCCUGGAGUAGUAGAUCCUCCAGGAGGAAUCCACAUUGCCGAUGCCAGCGCAGCUCAAGCACAAUCGGAUCUAGUGACUGCAUAUAAUGAUGCAGCUGGCCGGCCAUCUGCCACACUGGAACCGACAGACCUUGGUGGGCUAAGGCUUACUUCUGGUGUAUAUCAGUCUGUCCCAGGCAGAGGUCCAAUGACCAUUACAUCUGGUCGCACUCUCACGCUUGACGCUCAAGGAGACCCGAAUGCGGUUUGGAUCUUUCAAACCGAUUCAACCCUCAUUACUUACAGCAGCUCCACAGUGCUGCUGAUUAAUGGUGCCCAACCUUGCAAUGUCUUCUGGCAAGUGGGAAGUUCUGCUACCCUUGGGACAACAAGUAAUUUUGUUGGGACCCUCAUGGCACUCUCAUCUAUCUCGGCUCAAACAAACGCGGUAAUUCAAGGACGUCUUCUUGCACGUAAUGGGCAAGUGAGUCUGGACAGCAAUAAAAUCACUCUUCCGAAUUGUGCCAUCACCACAUCAACCACUUCUACAUCGACCACUUCCACAUCGACCACUUCCACAUCGACCACUUCCACAUCGACCACUACGGCGACAGGGCCAGUCAUUACACUGCCUAUCAUAGGUCCCAUAGGGCCCAUUUUAGGCGGCGGCAUUGGCAACGGCGGCGGCAUCAGCGGCGGCAUUGGCAAUCACAACGGUGGCGGCGGCGUCGGCAACGGUGGCGGUGGCAUCGGCAACAGCGGCGGCAAUGGUAAUGGCAAGGGCAAGGAAAUAGGCAAUGGCAACGGCGUCCCAUUGGCCAUCAGCGAGCAUAACUACUACCACGACCAAGGCUAUGACCACUAUGGAGCAUACGGCGACCACCAAUAUGGAGCAAACAGCGACCACCAAUAUGGAGCAAACAGCGACCACUAUGGAGCAUACGGCGACCACCAAUAUGGAGCAAACAGCGACCACUACGGAGCAAGCAGCGACCACCAAUAUGGAGCAAGCAGCGACCACUAUGGAGCAAGCAGCGACCAAUAUGGAGCAAGCAGCGACCACUAUGGAGCAAGCAGCGACCACUAUGGAGCAAGCAGCGACCACUAUGGAGCAUACGGCGACCACCAAUCUGGAGCAAACAGCCACCACCAUGGAGCAAGCAGCGACCACCAAUAUGAUCGAACGGCAAACAUGGAGGAUGUGCAGGAGGAAAUUCAGCACGCCCAGGAAGCUGCUGACUUGUACAAUGCACGCCAGUAA